AUGAAGUUUAAAUUGAGAGAUACUCUCAAGACUGGCUGGUUCGUCGCUCAAGCUGCUUUCGAGCCAUAUAUUGUUGCUUCGGGGGCUUUCUUUAUUCCACUCGCACUCGAGCAACUGGCUACUGAAAACGCUGGUCACGAUGGUCGCAUUUCAUUCCUCGGAUGGAGAGUUGAAAGCGCAUCUUACAGCUUGUACGUAGGCAGCAUAAGCGUCGUCAUUCAGGCCUUGGCUGUGAUUUCACUGGGUACAGCUGCAGACAAUGUAUCACACAGACUACACCUCCUCACAGCAUCCGCCGUCAUAGGCUCAAUCGCCUGUAUGUCCUUCUAUCCCCUCACAGGGCUCUUCUGGCCAUUAGCAUCCAUCGUGGCAGUUCUCACCCAGACGUCUUACGGCGUAGGCGGCGUCUGCUUGAACUCGUAUCUCCCUUUUCUCGCCAAAAGGUCAGCUAAGCGGGUCAAAUACGGCCUAGAUAACAACUACACUCCGAUAAUCACGCACGAGCCUGAAGAGGGGGAAGAUGUCGACGAUAAUGCCUCUUUCUCCCACUCAGAGUGCUCGUCCUCAUCUGGCGACGCUGACGUCGAAAGUGAGGGUGGAUCGGUCGACAAUCACAGCGUACAGACGCACACUGCCAAAUUAUCAGCUUAUGGUCAAGCAAUAGGAUAUGCAUCUGGUAUCGCACUACUCAUAGUGUUACUCAUACCCCUCAACAUACUCUCCAAAACACCUCAUCCGCCCAACAACCCUGUCCCGCCGCCCGUCUUAGUAAUUGGAGCAAGGAAGCUGUUUAGUGAACGGAGCCCAGUCGUCGCGAUACGCGCGUGUGUUAGUCUCACUGGUGUGCUAUGGGCCUCCCUGUCUGUACCUGCCAUUACACUCAUUAGGAAGGACACUCCAGCUACGGAGGGAAGGCUAGGUGAGAACACACUCACGUACAAAGAAGCUAUUAAGGCUGCAUGGAAGAGACUCUACCAGACAUUUCAAGUAGCAGAGAUUAAACAACUUCAAUCGACGUACUGGUUCCUUCUCGCCUGGGCAUCUCUAUCGGAUGGAUUUGCUACUAUUACAUCAACAGCCAUUUUAUUUGCGAAGACACAGCUGCACAUGCAGAGCCAGCAGCUGCUCGCUAUAACGGUGUUGUCACCACUAGCUGGUGCGCUGGGGUCGAUGUCGUCACCCUAUCUGCAGAAGCGACUGGGAUGGUCGAACCACCGCUCACUUGUAGCGCUCGUCUUAGCUGGUCUCUUGGUCCCUCUCUACGGUCUCCUUGGGUUUCUUCCACUCGUUCAACAAGCUCCGUUCGGCGGGUUUACCACUCAAGCUGAGAUGUUCGUCUUUGCAGUAUAUUUCGGUGCCAUAUACGGCGCAUUUCAGUCAUACGCCCGUACCGUAUUCAGCGCCCUUAUUCCACCUGGUCGCGAAGCUCACUGGUUUAGCAUCUACGCCAUCUCCUCAAAAAGCACCUCAUUCGUUGGUAGCUUGUUGGUUGGUCUGCUUGCUGACAAAUCUAGUAAUAUCCGUUCAGGCUUUUUCGCUAUCGCCGCCCUCUUCAUUCUGCCCCUUCCCGUUCUCGUGCAUAAAAUUCGUCCUAAUCAGGGCGCUGUUGAUGCAAGAAUUUACUCUCAAGCUAGGUCGUGA